AUGAAGUUGAUACUCUCCACAUCUAAUAUUAUGAACAGCGGCCCGCCGUCGGUGAUUCGACACCCGAUGAUGCAAAAGUCGAACAUCGAACUGAUCACCUCGCUGCGGUCAAACUUUGUCGCAUCGCAGACCCUUGACAACACUGGCGUGGAUGGCGCGAAUUGUGCCGCGAAUGGCCAGCACGGCAAUGUCGCGUCCUGGACGGAGAAUUGCGAGGACGGACUUUACAUUCCGGCCGUGGACUUCUCACAACACGGGCUGGCCGAGGAGAGGGACCAAUACGAUAUUACAGUGAAGUUGUUCUACCUGCCGGGUAUUCCAGCCUCAAGACGCUGUGCGCACACCAGAGAGGCGAUUGAUUUGGUACUAAGAGAGUUACAUGUCAAGUCGAUCGAUCUUCUGAUCGUCUCGUUCCCUGGAAUCCUGUUCGACGCGGACGAUGACAGUGACGAGGAAGGCUCCGACGCCAGUGGCGAAGAUGAUUUUGACAGCAUGGUACAAACAUGGCGAGUCUUGGAAUCUUUGCACGAACAGGGCGUCAUUGCGCAAAUGGGUGUGGCCGAGUUUGGCAGCGAGCGAUUGGCGCGAUUCCUUCCUCACACCCAAGUCAAGCCCACCGUGGACCAGAUCAAUCUGAAGGACUGUUGCGUGGUGCCCAAGUCUCUCAUUCUUUAUGCCAAGCAGGAGAAGAUUCAACUGCUGACCCAUAACGACUGCAAUGACAUCCUGCCUGUCGGGAUGACUCGAGAACUCCUGGGCCCCAAGGAUCAGGGCGGCGCGGGUAUCCUGGCAUCGGCCCCGGACGCCAACGACGGAAUUCAAGGAGAUGUCGAGCCGCAGUGGGUGGUCAAAUACACGGCUGUGGUCAAAGACCGUGGCGUUGUCGAGAACAAGGGCUACUUUGCUCUGGCGGAUGUAGGUACAUGUGUCCAGUCCCGUUCAUGA